AUGUACACUGAUGACAUUCUGUUUGUCAUGACCAAAGUAGAGACCACACUCCCAGACAUAUUAACCAAACUAUCAAAUUACGGCAAGGUCUCAAACUUUCAUCUUAACAUCACCAAGUUGGAGCUUCUAAAUAUCACAUCCCCUUCUUCGGUUGUUUCGCAGUUAGAGACAACACUCCACAUCAGCAUAGACAGGAAAAAAAUGAAAUACUUGGGGAUUAAUCUUACAAGUAAUGACAAUGACCUUCUCCAAUUCAAUUUUCAGACGCUUAAAACAGAGAUAACACGAGACCUACAGUCCUGGUUCACAGCUGAAGCCACCUCUAUCCAGGAUACGCAUAAAGGUGGAUGUGCAUAUUUACUGAUGGGAGUUUAUCAGACAAUUGAUAAGUUUAAGGGUUGUAAAACUUGUGACAAGGAAGAAAAAAAGAGAAUUCUGUAUGUUCUUUUUGAGCAGCUGAACCCAAUCCUGGACAUUCUGGGUGUGGAACUGAGAAAAAGUAAAGCAGACAUUCUGUCAGAGUUACUGAAUGUGCCUUUAAGUCUUGCAGAAGGUUUACUAAGUGGGCUUUUGAGUGGAAAUGUUUUUGUCAUUAUUGAAAGGCAUCUGGACGUACUUAUCGGUACCUUAGAUCAUCUGGUGAUAUCACUAACAAAAACAGUGAAAUCACUUAUUGGAGAUAUUGACAACAUUCUUACUGAUCUGAGCAAAGUAUUGAAAUGCAGUCUUCCCAUUGUUGGGCCAUUGAUCGCAGGUGUUCUUCCUCUUCUUGGUGGUGCCUUGGGCGUUGUAGGAGCUGUUGUUGAUACUGCUCUUAAUGUUGUUGGUGGUGUUGUUAAUGGUCUCCUUGGUGGCAACGGUGGUCUUCUUAGUGGUCUUCUUGGGGGUAGUGGAGGUCUUCUUGGUGGCAGCGGUGGUCUUCUUGGUGGAGGUCUACUUAACGGUGUUCUUGGUGCUGCAGGUGCUGGACGCAGAUAA